CCCCCCUGUCCUCUCUAUUAUUCAGAAGAAGAAUAAAAGUGCUUAAAAAAAAAGCGAAAUUGAAAAUCAAAAUCUGAAAUUCGUUUUCCUUGCUCCAAGUUGAUUGAGUUCAGCAUAAUCAAUGGGUAGAGUUAAGCACUUCCCAAGUCCAAGUAAACCCGCUGCAAGUGACAAUCUUGGAAAGAAGAAAAGACGGUGUAAACCUGGAACAAAGGCGCUUCGCGAGAUUCGAAAAUUUCAAAAGGAUGUUAAAUUGCUUAUACCAUAUGCUCCGUUUGUAAGAUGUGUCAAAGAGAUUACAAACCAAUUAUCGUCACUGGUUACACGCUGGUCGCCGGAAGCAUUGAUAUCACUUCAGGAGGCAGUUGAGGAUGAUCUGGUUCGUAUGUUUGAAGCUGGAAUGCACUGCGCACGUCAUGCAAGGCGUGUUACCCUUAUGAAAAAGGAUCUUGAGCUGGCCCGCAGGCUUACAGGAAUAGGAAGACUUUGGUGAAAGCAACACACCAGUAGUGAAAACCAUUGUUGCUGCUGAGCAUAAACUUGACAAUCUUCGUAGAAGCCAUUGCUAUUUUGUAAAGCCCAAUUUAAAAUUAGAUACUAGGCUAACUCAGUAUGUUUUAGCUGAAAAAUGUGUUGUAGAAGGAACCGUCAUUGUAGAAAAAUGGUUUACUACUACUGAGUCCGAAUGAGAAUGAGAAUGAGAAUUUAAAAUGA